AUGCGAUUGACACAUCGGGUAAUGAUUGACGUAGAAAUGUCCUCACAGGCUAUCGCCUCGCCUCGCCUCGCCUCGACCUGCUUUUAAAGUUAUUUUAGAGUCAGCAUGAAGAACGACGACGGCUCCGUCCAGAUGAAGACGAGGAAGGCGAAAACGAAAUCCGAUUCCACAGGAACAAGUGCUGACAAUGUGAACGGGCAUGUGGAGGUUCCACCCAGACAGACUUGGUCCCGACAGAUCGAAUUCAUGUUGGCUGGGAUCGGUUACUCCGUGGGAUUGGGCAAUGUGUGGAGGUUCCCCUUCCUGUGCUACAGGAGUGGAGGAGGAGCGUUUCUGAUCCCCUUCUUCGUGAUGCUUGUGGUGCUGGGAAUUCCACUUCUUUACAUGGAAAUCGCAAUCGGACAGUACUUUCGGGUCGGGCCAGUUAAAGCUUUAGCCAUGAUGUGCCCACUCCUCAAAGGUGUUGGUGUGGCCUCAGUGGCCAUUUCCUUCAUAAUGUGCACCUACUACAACCUCAUCAUAAGUUGGGCCCUCUAUUAUCUCAUCAACUCCUUCCAGAACCCUCUGCCUUGGCACAGCUGUAACAACACCUGGAACCAUCCGGAAAGCUGCACAGAUAGUCAUACUGCCAGCAACAUCACAGACUCUGCCAGUCAGCAGUUCUUUGACUACCACGUUCUUCAGAAGACAAAUGGUCUGGAAGACCUUGGAGAUAUUCGCUGGGAACUUUUUGGUUUCCUUGCCCUUGCUUGGGUCAUUGUUUACUUCUGCAUAUUCAAAGGGGUUCAGUGGACUGGAAAGGUUGUGUACUUCACUGCACUCUUCCCCUAUGUUGUACUACUGGCUAUGCUGGUGAACAACACACAACUUCCGGGGGCUGCAAAAGGAAUCAACUACUUUGUUAAUCCAGAUUGGGAGAAACUCAAAGAGAUCCAGGUGUGGGUUUAUGCUGCUGUUCAAGUCUUCAACUCCUUGGGCAUUGGCUUUGGCUCAUUGAUUGCCAUGGCGAGUUACAACAAGUCCAACCACAAAAUUCUUAAUAAUACAUUAGCCAUCUCAUUGACGAAUACAGCUACAAGUAUACUUUCUGGAUUUGUCAUCUUCUCUGCUUUUGGAUACAUGUCCCAAAUGAUCAAUGUCCCGAUUGAGAAAAUUGCCGUGGAUGGCCCGGGAUUAGUAUUCGUGAUUUACCCUGAAGCCUUUGUUACGAUGCCAGUUUCUCCACUGUGGGCGGUCCUGUUUUUUGUUAUGCUGCUGUUCCUGGGACUAGAUAGUCAGUUUGCCAUGGUUGAGGUGAUGGUGACGAGUCUAAUGGAUGCCAACAAUGAUCAUCUGUUGAAAUAUCUGAAGAGGAAAGAGUUUGUGGUUCUGGCCGUGAGUGUCGUGGCCUUCCUGUUAGGAAUCCCAAACGUGACCCAGGGCGGGAUAUACGUCUUCCAGCUACUGGAUCACUACACCGCACAAGUAUCCAUCGUCUUCCUGACCUUUUGCGAGGUGAUUGCGGUUUGUUGUUUUUACGGUGUCUCUCGGUUGUCACAGAACAUCACCGAGAUGCAGGGGAAGCCACCGAACAUUUACCUGCGUGUGUCCUGGCAGGUCCUCUCUCCCGUGCUAAUACUCACGCUGUGUGUGUUCGUGGUCCUCGACUUUGAGCCGGUACGUUACGGCAGCUACAAAUACCCGGCGUGGGCUCAGGGCCUGGGUUGGGUCAUUGCCCUGGCUUCACUGGUUUGGAUCCCUGGCGGGGCGUUGCACACACUCCUCACUUUGAAAGGCCCCUUCCUCAAGAGGUUGAGGAAAGCGAUCACUCCAGUGGUUCCUAUCCACGUGUCCAAACCAACAGAAGCUGCCGCCCUGGACACCUCGCCGGCUGUUCCUCCGAGGGGGAUGUCGCCACUGCUGCAGGCCGAAAUAUUGCGGAGCACCUUUGUUUAAUGUCGGAGCCAGUUUGGGAGCAACGUCACCCCUUUGGGUUGCCUACAGAUUGAAUGGCGUAGACAUGAUGGGCUGAAUGGUCUCAUUCUGCUCCUAUCUAUUAUGAUCUUAUGAACAUGGGGCCCAGGGGGAUAGGAAAUCAGCGAAGCCUACAGAGAGAAAUGCGAGUUCCCGGCCUUGGGACACAUCCAACCAGCACGGGCUGUGUACGAGGGAAUGCGCUCACAGGCUUUCAUUCUCUAUCUCUCUACAUCACCGUCUAUAACUCUCAUUUCUCCUUCCCCUGACUCUUCGUCUGAAGAAAGAUCUCGACCCAAAACGUCACCUUUCCCUUUUCUCCAGAGAUGCUGCCUGACCUGCUGAGUUACCCCAGCAUUUUGUGUCUAUCUGCAAUUUUAACCAACCCCUGCAGUUCCUUCCUACACAUCUCCUUAUCACGUGCCGGGCUUUGCCUUGCCUCUGACUCACUUCUCCGGCCUUCUCCUCCCUACUCCAUCAGUCUGAUGAAGAAAGGUCCCGGCCCCGAAACGUCAUCUAUCCGUUCCCUCCACAGAUGCUGCCUGACAUGCUCUUUGUUUUUUGUCCAGACAUUUUGGCUGUUUUACAGCAAGGUUCACAUUAUCCUACACACACAAGGGACAAUUGACAUUUAUACCAGGUAAAUUAACCUACAAACCUGUACGCCUUUGGAGUGUGGGACAAAAUCGAAGAUCUCAGAGACAGAAAACCCACGCAGGUCACGGGGAGAAGGUAUAAAUUCCAUACAGACAGCACCCAUAGUCAGGAUGGAACCCAGGUCUCUGGCGCUGGAAGGUAGUAACUCUACCGCUGCACCACCGUAUUUAGUUUGUAGGAUUGUGGGUUAAUUGGCUUCAGUUAAAAAAAUUGUAAAUAAAUAAUAGAAACAUAGAAACAUAGAAAUUAGGUGCAGGAGUAGGCCAUUCGGCCCUUCGAGCCUGCACCGCCAUUCAAUAUGAUCAUGGCUGAUCAUCCAACUCAGUAUCCCGUACCUGCCUUCUCUCCAUACCCCCUAAUCCCCUUAGCCACAAGGGCCACAUCUAACUCCCUCUUAAAUAUAGCCAAUGAACUGGCCUCAACUACCCUCUGUGGCAGAGAGUUCCAGAGAUUCACCACUCUCUGUGUGAAAAAAGUUCUUCUCAUCUCGGUUUUAAAGGAUUUCCCCCUUAUCCUUAAGCUGUGACCCCUGGUCCUGGACUUCCCUAACAUCGGGAACAAUCUUCCUGCAUCUAGCCUGUCCAACCCCUUAAGAAUUUUGUAAGUUUCUAUAAGAUCCCCUCUCAAUCUCCUAAAUUCUAGAGAGUAUAAACCAAGUCUAUCCAGUCUUUCUUCAUAAGACAGUCCUGACAUCCCAGGAAUCAGUCUGGUGAACCGUCUCUGCACUCCCUCUAUGGCAAUAAUGUCCUUCCUCAGAUUUGGAGACCAAAACUGUACGCAAUACUCCAGGUGUGGUCUCACCAAGACCCUGUACAACUGCAGUAGAACCACUCUGCUCCUAUACUCAAAUCCUUUUGCAAUGAAAGCUAACAUGCCAUUUGCUUUCUUUACUGCCUGCUGCACCUGCAUGCCUACCUUCAAUGACUGGUGUACCAUGACACCCAGGCCCAGACACUAAUGGUCCCUAACGUGUAGGGUAAUGUUAAUGUUCGGGUGAUCGCUGGUCGGCGCGGACUCGGUGGGUGGAAGGGCCGGUUUCCGCGCUGUACCUCUAAACUAAACUAAACUAGGGGCAUCGUACUGUUGAUGGAAAUUGUACAAAACAACAUGCAGCACCUGAUUAAUAAUAGAGAGAAAAACACUGAGUGGUAGAAUAUAAGAUGGAAUUUUGCAGCAAUUCUUAGAAAAGCUAAAACAUGCUGAGCAACUAUUGUUUUUUUGUUUUGCUCAGAUCCAGUUAAAUUUAGAUUGUUUUGAGGCUUUCAGGCUGGUUGAACAGAUUAACAGGCAGCUGUGGAGAAUCUUUCCAUCAGCUGCUGGGUUGUACUGGCACAGAACUGGUGCCUAAGAUAACACUAAAGUCUACUGCAGGCAUCUUCCAUGUGCCAAACAUUUUUGGCCGGUUUCUUAUUCGAUUCUUAAUUAUUAUUAUUUUUUGCAGACUUCAUGAGGGUGGACACACAGAAUCCCCAAUAUUCUUGAGGCAUAAGUUCAUACGUUUUAGGAGUAGAAUUUGGCCAUUCGGCUCAUCAAGUCUACUCCGCCAUUCAAUCAUGGCUGAUCUAUCUCUCCCUCGCAACCCCAUUCUCCUGCCUUCUCCCCAUGAUCCCUGACACCCGUCCUAUUCAAGAAUCUAUCUAUCUCUGCCUUCAAAAUAUCCAUUAGCUUGGCCUCCACAGACUCUGUGGCAAUGAAUUCCACAGAUUCACCACACUCUGACUAAAGAAGUUCCUCCUCUCUCCUUUUUAAAGGUACAUCCUUUUAUUCUGAGGCUAGGAAAUCUGAUCCUAGACCCUCCCUCUUGCAAUAUCCUAUCCACAUCUACACAUGUCUCGGCCUUUCACUGUUUUGGAAGAGAAAGAGCGAGAGGUCAGGUUGACGUGUCUGCAUGUGCAUAGAGCUGCCAACUCACAGCUCGGCAAACAAACUCAGCCAGGCAUGCUCAAGUAUGUGAAUGGAUGUGAACUGGCGUCCGCAGGCAGUUCUUGAUGGGGGGGGG